UGAAUGAAAAUGGUUUAUGGCUGGUUGGUUUGGUUGACGAUGGAAGGAAAUCCUUGGAUCGGACUGCUGUUCUUUUAAUUACCUUUAUUUUUGUUUAAAUAAUCUUUAAUUGUUUGUUUUCCAAAAAGUACUUAAAUGCAAAUAUUGUGUAUUGUUAAUAAUGUCCAAAAGUACUAUCGAGGGAAAACUAAGAGGGUUAGAACAACGCUUCCAAAAUGAAAUGCGUAUUAGUGGCUUCUCCAGCCCUGGAGGAAUUGGGGCUUCCAGAAACGGGAACACCCGGAGACCUAGACCCACAAUGUUUGCGUCGAACAGGGAAAUGUUGGCGUUUCCACCUCGUACUACGCCACAAGCCACAGAAACAGAGUAUAGGAUGCGUGAGGUGUACAAGGUGAGCGGCAAACUAAAUGUUGACGGCACAGAAUACAGUUCCAAUGUGGAUGACUUGGAACUUUUAGGCGAGCUUGGCAGCGGGACCUGUGGACAUGUUGUUAAGAUGCUACACAGGCCGUCGGGUGCCGUCAUUGCCGUUAAGCAAAUGCGGCGAUCUGGCAACUCGGAGGAGACCAAACGUAUUCUGAUGGAUCUGGACGUGGUAGUCCGUUCGCACGGGUGUCCGUAUAUCGUACGAUGUCUCGGCUGCUUCGUGACGGACGCGGACGUGUGGAUCUGCAUGGAACUGAUGGAGACAUGUUUCGACAAGCUGCUGAAGAGGCUCGGCGCUCCUAUACCAGAGCCGAUACUAGGGAAAGUCACUGUAGCGACUGUCAACGCGCUGUCGUACCUGAAGGACACUCACGGCGUCAUCCACCGCGACGUGAAGCCCAGCAACAUACUGCUUGACGCGCGGGGCAACGUCAAACUGUGCGACUUCGGCAUCAGCGGCCGGCUGGUCGACUCCAAGGCGAAGACCAGGAGCGCCGGCUGCGCGGCUUACAUGGCGCCUGAACGUAUAGACCCGCCGGACCCCACACGGCCGGAUUACGACAUCCGAGCGGACGUGUGGUCCCUCGGGAUCUCCCUCGUGGAGCUCGCCACGGGCGUGUUCCCCUACAGGGACUGCCACAACGACUUCGAGGUGCUCACCAGGGUAAUAGCGGACGAUCCGCCUCAGCUGCCCGACGACAGCGAUUUCUCACAAGAGUUCAAAUCGUUCGUUUCACAAUGCCUAACCAAAAACUACCGUCAGCGUCCCAAGUACGCGAAGCUUCUAGAACACCCGUUCGUAGUGAAAUCCGCACACAGUUCCGUGUCCGUCGAGUCGUGGUACGCGUCGCUGCCGAUCAACGGGGCGGUCAGAGCCGACGGCGACCGGGACGCGGCGGUCACGAGCGCCGCGUACGCGGUCAGACCUCCCGGCCAGGGCCUCGGCCGGGGCUGCGGCGACGGCGGCGGGGCGGAGUCGCCGCGGACGCCGCAGCCCGCGAGGAACUUUGUCACCAGCUCGCAGCACUGGAUACCUGAGCAAGUCACGCCGACGCCAACUAGAGCAUGGUGGGCUACACAGAGCAACGCAGGCGGCAGCAGCUCUCAACCAGCUAGUCUCGAAGGAGAUUAUCCCAAUCACUCGCCUUAUGCGAGGCGGAGAUUGGAAGGCCCGUGUGGUUCCCCGCCGGCGCCACGCUGGCGGCCCUCUCCCGCGAGUUCUGGCAAUACCAGCCCCAGAGUUCUGCAGAGGUUCUAUCACCAAAGCCAGCAGAGGAGGUCGCGAGUGGACCUGCAUUCUACACCCAGGCAUAGAAGCCUGAGCAGAGAACACAGCACGGGCCGGUCGCCGGAGCCGCCGCCGAGGACGAGCCGCGCGCACAUGUUGGGACAUGAUGCCAAUGGCAGUGACUGUGAACCCCCACCGCUGCACGAGCGUCUACAUCCGCAUCCGCCGUCGCCUCUAUUGCUUAAUGACAGAUUGUCCGAGGGUCGCAGUCAGAGCCUGACGCGCGCGGAACUGCGCAACGGCCACCGGCCGCCCGCGGAGCUGCCCCACGUCACGCCGCACGAGAAACAUCACCACGACGACCAUGGCUGGCUGCACUCGCUCGCGGGGCUGCUCAAGCGGCGGCUCAGCGGGUACGUCAACUGGUCUCAUGUUGCAGCCCGCGGCGCCCAGCGGCACAGGCACCCCACAUGGGGGAACGGAAACAGCGAGAGUUGGAGCAUGCCCGCGUCCCCCCUCCCCCCGCGCGCGCCUCCCCCGCGCCCCCACUAGCGCGCACGCGCACUCACCGCGCAGAAGCUGUCUGCUUGUUUAUGAACUUUAACGUUAGAACAACUGGGUUGUGUCACAAUCUAUGGUAUAAUUUAUGUACUGGAUCUACGCGCUUAUAGCGGAAACUGCCUGAAUAUUGAUUAACUAGUAAAGUCACGAGAAUAUGAAAUAAGAUGUUUAUACUUUGUAGGACUUGUUAUUACACACGUGGGCAACCUGGAUCCGCUCGCUUACAGCAGUAGACACUACCUAUACCAUACAUACAUACAUACAUAAAAUCACGCCUCUUUUUCACACUACCUAUUUAUGAAUUUUAACGCUAAAAUAAUUGCGUUAGUUCACCGAAGUCUUAAAGAUACGCGUGACAGUCCUAAACACUUAUAAUGCAUGCAUAUUUUUAAAGUAUUCGGUGAAGUCAUCUUAAGUAAAGGGCUGGGCACUUCGCUGUCUUCAGAUAGUAAAGGUUUAUAUCGUUAACGUGGACAAGUGUUUAAGCGAUAUAAGAUUUCAAGUAAUUUAUUAACUUUAGCGCUGUGCAAAUUUUAUAUACGAUGCGGAUCCAGGAUCCUACAUCGAGAUAACUAGGAUCUUGAAAGCUGAAACAAUUGGGAUUUUAAACCACGCGUGAGUAACUUUUUGUAUGCGCUUACAGGGACGAAUACUGCCUAUUUCUUAAUGAACUUUAAAGACGACUGCACACCGACAUUUUCAAAUAGCAUAAUCUUAAUGGCAUUGUACAGCCAACCGCGUAUCAAGUAACGUGCAUAGAACUGUAUGGGGUGGUAAUAGAGGCGAAUUCGCAGUGAAUUUGGGUAUAUUGAUGUGCUGUUGUCUGUAUAAAACGAGCUUACCCGCCUACUACAAUAUAAAGUCAUACUACUUAGAGAUAAAACUGAAUAGAUAGAGUUCAAAAUUUGACCAUUAUAUAUAUCUCUGUAGAUGGACAGUUCUAUAUAUAAUUAAAGAGUGUUCAGGCGUACUUUUUAUGUAUUCCAUUUGAGGUACACCGCAAAAUGUUCACAAGUUUGCACCAGUUUAAUUUUUUUCAGUUUAAAUUUGAACCACACACUAUUUUACUUAAUUAAUGUAGUUACAAGAGUGCGGCCACCGUUUAUAUCGCGCGAAAAAUUAUCGCUGUCCCGUUUCACAUCAUAAUAAAAAGCGAAACAGCGUUAGUUUUUCUGGAAGGCAUUUUUAUUUUCGUCUUGUUUCGCCGGUAACACGAGCAGUGCGUCUACAGAAAUAUAUGUUCAGAGCUUCUACACAAUUAAUGUAAACACUGUGUACAAACAAAGUUACAACUUAGUAGUGAAACGGUAAUGCAUACAUACAUAAUAUUACGCCUCUUUCCCGGAGGGGUAGACAGAGACCACAUCUUUCCACUUGCCACGAUCCCCGCACACUUCUUUCACUUCAUAACAUUCAUAACUCUCUUCAUGCAAACUUGUCGGUUUCGGGUACUCUUGACCAGACCUUUUGCUAGAACGUUAGCGAUUUGAUCAAGGAGUACGUUCGUCUAGGCCUUCCCACUCCAACAGUCCCAUUCACACAUCCUUUGUAUAUUUGCUUAGUCAACCUGUUUUCAUUCAUCCUCUCGACGUGACUAAACCAUCUAAGCAUUCGCUUAUCACGCUGUUUCUUAUCCGGUCACUCAAUUUCACACCGAUCAUACUCCUUAAGUAACGCUCUCAUUUCCUCGGAAUUUAUUCUGCUUUCGUGCUUCUUUUGCCACACCCAACUUUCACUCUCAUACAUUAGUGUUGGAACCAACACGCAUUAUGCACCGCCAAGCGAGCCAUUUUGGACAACUUCUGACUGCUCAUAAAGGCAUGCAAUGCUCCAUUCACCAUGUUCCCUGCAUUCACUCUUCUUUCAAUAUCACUAUCACACUUUCCAUCUGCUGUAAACUUUGAACCUAGGUAUACAAACUCUUUCACUUGUUCCCAAACAAAUAAAAUAAUAAAAAAUUAAAAAUAUGAAGAUUAAAAAUUAUUUUUUAAUCCUGGUUUUGUUGAUUAGUUACCUAUAUUUCCGUAAAUGCUUUUAUCAAUCAAUAGUCUUAUUGAUAACAUUGACACACUAUUGGAUGGAACAGUGGACCACAUUGAACGUAUACCGUCUGUUUGUAUACUUUCCUACGUGGUACACAAAACAUUUAUAUAUUACAGACAGUCCGGAUUACGACACCGACGUCUGCUGAUUAGUGAGGGUUCAAAAAUUUAAUGUAUCCGCACUCUGCUCUGCCAUACUAAUUUGGGAACAAGUAUUAAGGAAAAAGGCAUGCCGCGGGCGAAAGUUGGUUCUGAAUAUACCUCCAAAAUAUUAUUUAACAAUAGGUACCUUAUUAACGGCACUAUAUCAAGCUAACGAGUACAUGUAGUAGAAAAGGGAAUUAUGCGUAGGUCGCUAGAACAAGACAAUUUUUUACUUUAAUAAAGUAGGUAUAGUGCUCGGCGCGUAAGUUGAACAAAAUUCUACUCAAGACAACGCGCAGAUUUUUUUCGAAACACUGGAAAUGUGACAUUCUAGGGUCUACUUAUUUACCGGGUGCUGUACAAAAUGAUUUUGUGAUUGCAAAGUGGUUUUGCAAGUUUUAAAUAAACGAAUGUAAAUUUUCCCAAAACGAUGUAUUAUUUUAGUGUGCAAUAAAGAGUUAUUCAUUUA